AUGGUCGCUGUGGUGAACCAGCUCACCGACCGCCCAGAGGGGCAUGUUGAUAUAAUUAACGACCAGCUUGUCGCGGACUGGCGCAAAGAGAUCUUUGCCACAACACCCCUGAUGAGCAAAAUGGUGUGGACCUGGUGUGUGAAGGAGCUAAGACAUAAAGCUGUCUAUUUCCGCGAGAAUCAACAAGUUCGGGUGCUUGACACGGGAUUCUAUGUGUGUAAAUUAGAUACAACGGCUCUGAGCGCUCUGGCUGGGGCAUUUGGGCGGUUGGCUUCUUUCCUGCUCGAGCAGGAGCUGGAGCAGGGGGGUCAGUAUUCACAGUCUAGCCAGGUAUCUAAUCUCGUCGAUCCGUUGUUAUUCCCCUUGGUUUAUGGGAGAAGUCUGGUCUUAGGGGAUCGAGGGAAAGUGGACCUGCACAACAUGUUGGGCUCCUACAACGAUGCGGCAGUCGCACCAAAACAUUUCGAUGGACGGUUUGACUCUGACAUUGUGCAGAAGAGCAUAGAGAAAUAUAAUUAUGCACCCGAGGGGGUUUCCUGUGAAAGCCCCAGAUUGUAUCGCUGGAGUUCGAAUUAUCAAUGUCUUCCGUGUGAGGUGGGGUUUCUCGAGGAGUCUGGAACGGAGAUGUAG